AUGGGCAUCCCGCAGAGAUUAAGUGGCUUUUCAGAGGCAAUGAUACUUCCGUUUAAAAUCAAAGAGAGGGCGAUUAGUGGAGGCUCAGAGAUCACUGCUGGUAGCUAUGGCAGCCCACCAAUCAGAGGCAGCACGAGGUCUGCUUAUAAUGUCCAGCAGGCCGUCAGGAGGCUUCUUCCUCUGCUGCAGCUCUCAGUCUGGACCAAACACUGCGACAUGACCAUGAAAAUACAAAACCCAGUUGUGGAUGAUACCAAGAGCAGAAAAAGGAUUCUGAAACCAGCUGUGGAAAAGAAGAGAAGAGAUCGAAUAAAUAAAAGUCUCGCGGAACUGAGAACUAUGUUGUUGAAUUAUACAGCCGAUCCACGGCUGCAGAAUCCUAAAAUAGAGAAAGCAGAGAUUCUGGACUUGGUUGUGGAUUAUCUUCAGAAAUGGACAGAUGGGAAGAACUUGAGCAAUGAGUCCAGUCCUCCUUCUCACCUCAACAUUGAGAGUGCAGGUUUUCAGCAGUGUGUGGCUCAGCUGGCCAGCUACAUGCACAAGAUCACACCGGCACAGAGGACGAGCCUGAUCGAGGGACUUAAACAUCAUGCUGAGAACCAGCAGCCGAGAGACUCAAGCCAUACAAUUAUUGAAAUGCCACAUGCGACAUCAGCAGCAGUCAUCUGCACAUCUGAGAGCAAAGAAGGGUCUCACAGGUCACUGUUCCUGUCUCACUCCCCCCCUCAGCCUCAGUCUUGCUCCACACCGUGCCACGACACCCUCUCCCCUCCCACCUCCCCCUGGUUCUCCCCCUCUUUCUCCACAUACUCUCCUCCGUUCCCAUCAUUUGCCUGUCACUUCUCCUUCCCCUCCUGCCUGUCACCUCCUUCUUCCAACACCUCUUUCUCCACACUUCCGCAGUCCCUGCACACCCUGCCCGCUCCUGUUGUUUUCUCACCCACGGUCGCCCACUUCCCCUCACUCACCACACUGAGACCCCCCCCACACCCCCUCCCCUUUGCGCUGAAGAAGCCGGUGCGAGUGCCAUUAGGCCUACUUAUGAGGCGACCAUUGUUCUUUGUCAGAGAAAUGAGAGGGCAGGCACGUCAUUUGGAGCUCGAUUCUCCCCACAGUCCCUCUGCAUGUUUUGAUCACUCUAUGAAAGCAGAGAAGGUCCCUCACGCCGGGGAGAAAGAGAUCACCUCUUUGGAUGAAUGCGCCCAUGCAUUCCUGAUUUGGGGUAAAGUGGAGAUGUUGUGCUGCGGAGAUGUCACAGGUCUGUCAUGGCCUGCUGAGGAUCUGUGA